AUGCGUCCUCCGAUGCUGGAUCUGUUCUACCUCACUUUCAACGCCGGCAAGAACUUAAUCUCGGUUCCCGUCUUCGCCAACCAUCUGCACAAUGCUUUUGGUCAGAAUGCCACGACGCUGCCCGAGCUGGUGCUCAUUUCCCUCCAGGAAAUGGCUCCGCUCUCGUCAGCCUUCAUCGGAUCGUACUGGCUGAGCCCCUAUUUCUCACGAUACGAGUCCGCCCUCAAUCUCGCAGCAGCCAAGUUCAUAGCCGAGGAGGAAAGGCAGCACCGCCCCAAGGACAAGGCCUACACCCUGGUGAAGAUGUGCAAUGUCGGUAUGACUGGUAUUAUGCUCUUUGCUCGGGACAAAAAUGCCCUGCACAACAUCAAGUCGGCCGAGGUUGGGUUUGGAGCUGGCGACAUGGCCAACAAGGGUGCUGUGGGUCUGCGCAUGGAUUUCGAGAAGGACGGCAAGGAAACAGAGCUCACAUUUGUGAGCACACAUCUCGCUGCCAUGGAGUGGAAUCUCGAGCGUCGAAAUCGCAACUGGGAGAGCAUCGUCAGCGGACUAGUCUUCGUCGACCCCAAGCAGAUUAUGCAAUCCGAGACUAGCCAACACGCAGAGAACAGACCCGAAGAGAACAGACCCGAGGACAGACCUGAGACAGACGCGCAGCCCUUGCUCGCGGGCUUCCACCCAAGCACGGAAAAGGCUCUACAUGAUAUCAGCAUAUACAAGCCCGGAUCUCACCUGUUUGUGGCCGGUGACCUGAACUACCGACUUUCCAAGACAUCCCCACCAAUUGACGCCACAUUCCCUGGUGUCGAUCCGGACAACGAGGACUUCUACCCUCGAUUCCUGGCCCGUGACCAGCUAACGGCGGAGAAGAAGGCCGGACGGACGCUGCACGGUCUCACCGAGGCUGAGAUCCAUUUCCCGCCCACGUACAAAUACAUUAUACUGCCCAAAGGUGAGCCCGAGACGGAACUGAGCCGGAUCGCAGCAGAGGAGGGAGACGGCGAGGAAAUCAAGUGGAAGUUUGCCUCUCAUCGCUGGCCGGGAUGGUGUGAUCGCGUGCUCUAUGCGGAUGUGCCACAGUGGGUUGCUGGUGACCAUGCGAUCAUCCCCACGGCCUACAACUGCCUGCCUGUUGUGAGAAGCAGCGAUCAUAGGGCCGUUUUCCUGCGAGCGCUAGUUCCAGUCUUGUCGCCAGAUGAGCUGGCGCCAGCCCAGGACGUCAUCGAGACAGCCCUUCGAGAAGCCGAAAGCGGUGUUGAUGGGCGCAAGGCGAUCGAUCCCCGAAUCAAGCCACCGUUUGUUGUCUCGGUUGAUUCGUGGGAACAUCGUGCAGCGGUAAAGAAGUGGGAGCGCAUGGUCGGCUGGUCUAUGGUCAUCAGUAAGUCCAAACAGGGUAUCAUGGUUUUCGUGACGGUGCUACUCGUUGGACUCGGAGCUUGGUGGUAUGGGAACGUGAACUCCUAG